ACCUAAUCUUCAUUUGUACACAAGAAUUAUCAAUAUCUUCUUUCACAAUGCUUUCAAACAUGUUGUGGUUCAUUUGUAUACUAACUUCGUCCUUCAUUUUCACUAUUCAUUCUCAUAACAACAAAUGCCUUCGCCAUCAGGAAACCUUGUUGCUUCAACUCAAGCAUGAGUUGAUCUUCAACUCUUCUCUUUCAACAAAACUGGUGCGAUGGAAUGAAAGUGACGAGUGCUGCAAGUGGCACGGUGUGGAAUGUGAUGCUUCUGGCUAUGUCGUUAGUUUGCAGCUCGACGGUGAGGCCAUUUUCGGUGGAAUUGGGGAUUCGUCGAGUCUCUUCAGGUUUAAAUAUCUGCAGAAGCUUAACCUUGCCUACAAUGACUUCAACUACACUGAUCCCAUUCCAAAAGGUAUUGGCACUUUUACUUAUUUGACGCACUUGAAUUUGUCACGCGCUCGUUUUGGUGGGCAGGUUCCGGUUGAAAUAGCAUCGCUGAAGAGAUUGGUUAGUCUCGAUAUCUCCAACUAUGAUUGUUGGACACCCAGAGAGUUCCUAAGUCUUGAGUAUCCAAAUUUAGAAAUGCUUGUUGGAAAUCUAACAGGGCUUAGAGAGCUCUAUCUUGAUUGUGUCAAUAUUACCUCCUUUCAUGAAAGGAAUAAAUGGAGCCACAUUGUUUCAUCACAUUUACCCAACCUCACCGCUCUGAGCUUGCACAGUUGCUAUCUUUCCGGCCCUUUAGCAAGCUCGUUUUGGCAACUCCAUUCCCUUUCUAUUCUUCGACUAGAUUAUACGAAUCUUUCAACAGUACAAGUUCCGGACUUCUUCACCAAUUUUCCAAGUUUAACCGUCUUAAGCCUCAGUAACUGCAGUUUGAAGGGUUCGAUUCCAUCCACCUUUGCUAACCUAACCAAGCUCAUUCAUGUCAGCUUGGCAUUCAAUUUCUUGACCGGCUCACUUUCUUCUACGUUGUUCGAAGGUCUUUCCAAUCUUGCUCAUCUAAAUCUCACGGGGAAUUCAUUCUCCGGUAACAUUCCUCGCUCUCUCUAUGCUCUCCCUUCAUUGUCGGAACUCACUCUGCGCCUCAACCAAUUUAAUGGCACUUUUAAACUAGACAACUUGCUAAGCCUGACCAAUCUUACAUACCUGGGGCUAUCUCAGAAUAGCUUGUCAGUAGAUGUUGGCAACGUCGAUUCAAGAUCAUAUGGACGUUUCCAAAUGAAAACGUUAAGACUUGGCUCAUGUAACUUGUCCAGUGUUCCGAAUUUCAUCAAACGUUCGCGUAUAGAAAGAUUGGAACUAUCAGACAAUCGGAUCACGGGGGAAAUACCUAGUUGGAUUUGGGGAACACAACUUGUGUAUUUGGAUCUGUCUUCUAAUCUUAUAACAGAUUUUCAAAAGCCUUACCACAUUCCUGCUUCUCUUGAGCACCUAUUCUUGGAUUCUAACCAGCUUACGGGCGAGUUACAAGUGCCCAUUCCACUUGAAUCUAAACUCCGGUACUUGGAUUUUGCUGACAACAAUUUAAGUGGACCAAUUCCAACCUUCCUCUGCAAUGUCACACACCUUGAAUUUCUUAGCUUGUCUGGAAAUAAGUUAAGUGGCAGCAUACCCCCUUGCCUACUCGAAAACAUUAGGGGGCUCGAUGUGAAUCAAAACAUGAUCAACAGCAGCAUUCCAGAUCAUUUUCCUUCGGAUUGUAGGCUAGAAUUUUUAUUACUUAACAAUAAUACUAUGGAAGGGAAGAUCCCAAAGUCCCUAGAAUAUUGUCGGCGGUUAAAGGUCAUUGACAUUGGGAACAACAACAUCAGCAGCAACAUUCCAGAUAUUUUUUCUAUGGAUUGUAGGCUACAAUAUUUGGCGCUUAACAAUAAUAGUUUAGAAGGGAAGAUCCCAAAAUCUCUCAAAAGUUGCGUGUCAUUGGAAUUCAUGGACGUUGGGAACAACAAAAUCAACGAUAUGUUCCCAUGUAUGCUAUCGUCCUCAUUGAGUGUUCUUGUUUUGCACUCCAACAGAUUCCAUGGUGAAGUGACAUGUAAUAUGACCUGGCCAGUGCUUCGAAUUCUAGAUAUAUCUUCAAAUCAUUUCAGUGGAUAUCUAGAAUCCAUAAACUUCUCUAGUUUGAGGGGAAUGAUGCAAUGGAGUUAUGUAAAAUCAUACAAAGUUGGAGUGACAUUAAUCAUGAAAGGCAUAAAGUUGGAACUAGAAAUGAUUUGUCCAGACUUUGGUAGUAUUGAUUUUUCUUGCAAUAAUUUCAUUGGAGAGAUACCAAAGGCAAUUGGUGAUCUUACUUCACUUCAUCAUCUCAACUUGUCUCACAAUGCCAUCAACGGAAGCAUCCCUUGGUCAUUUGGCAACUUGACCAAGCUCGAAUCACUUGACCUCUCUCGAAACCAGCUAAUAGGGCCAAUACCGACGGGGCUUGGAGAACUCACAUUCCUUGAAGUCUUGAACCUGUCAUAUAAUAAGCUGGUCGGAAUGAUCCCAAAUGGCCGUCAAAUUCAAACAUUUUCAGCUGAAUCCUUUGAAGGAAAUCCCGGCCUAUGUGGUUUCCCUCUCAGCACAAGCUGCAGUCAUACCGAUGAGCUAUCACCGCGAGAACAUGAAGAUGUGGAAGAGAAGAGGGAGAUUGAGUGGGAAUACGUAUCAGCAGCACUUGGAUACGUUGUGGGUGUAGGGAUCAUUGUGUGGCUACUUCUAUUUUGCAGAAGAUUCAGAGAGAAAUACUUCGGCAAAAUACAAGAAGUUGUUGAAGACAUGUUCAUUGCCAUAGACAUGAGAAGACGGCGUGCAAGAAUGGUAACCAGGAAUCGAGCCAGGAGGCAAUAGUGUUUUCUUCAUAAGCUGUUUCUGUUUGUGAUAUUUGAGUACCCCAACGAGCCGAGAGAUAGAGGCUGAACUCGUGUGCUCGCCUAAUCCGUCACCCCCGCCAUCGCUCUCAAGGGCCGUUGCCAGACCUCGCUUUCAAGUUCAAUGACUGCAUCUUCUCCAAGAUUCUGUUUAGUUGCUUUCCUUGUUUACCCUUUAAUCUUGGUAUUUUCAAUAAUUACCAUGUAUCUUUGUUGGGUAUACUAAUAAGUUUCAUUCUGGAUUUUCUUUGUC